AUCCAGUUUGUUGACUGGUGUCCAACUGGCUUCAAGGUUGGUAUCAAUUACCAACCACCAACUGUUGUUCCAGGAGGUGAUCUUGCUAAGGUUCAACGUGCCGUGUGCAUGUUGAGCAACACCACAGCUGUUGCUGAAGCUUGGGCUCGUCUUGAUCACAAGUUUGAUCUGAUGUAUGCCAAGCGUGCUUUCGUUCACUGGUAUGUGGGAGAAGGUAUGGAAGAAGGUGAGUUCUCUGAAGCUCGUGAGGAUUUGGCAGCUCUGGAGAAGGACUAUGAAGAGGUUGGAGUUGACACAUUUGAUGCUGAAGAAGAGGAAGGAGAUGAAUAUUAAAUAAUUUAAACACUGGUACAACAGAGUUAGCUGAAAAUAAAAGCAAUCAUAUCAGCUACAAA